AUGAAGUUCCUCUCCGUCGCUCUCCCGGCGAUUCUCGCCACCUCCGUCACCGCCAGAGUAACAUCCUUCUUCAGCAGCUCCGACGUUUCCCUGCGCGACGACAAGGAAGCACUCAAGGUACCUGGCGAGAACCCACUGGUGCACUGCGAGGACCCAGAGAAGGACAUCCUCGCCAUCAAGAAGGUGGACUUGACCCCCAACCCGCCGGCAGCGUUCGUCACUCCAUUCCUGUUCCAUCUGCGUCGCAAGCUCUAAUCAUGAUCUAGUGGCCAAACCCUCACCUUCACCGCCGCUGGUAUUCUAGCAGAAGACGUCGAUGAAGGCGCCACGGUGCACCUUAGCGUCAAGUACGGAUUGAUCAAGAUCAUCAACCAAAAUGCAGACCUCUGCGAUACCGUCAAGAAUGUCGAUCUCGAAUGCCCGCUCAAGAAGGGCGACCUGACGCUCACGAAAGAUGUGGACUUGCCGGCACAGAUUCCUCCAGGGAAGUACACUGUGGAGGCGGACGUCAAGAGCAAGGACGGCGACAAGAUCACAUGCUUGCAAGCUACUGUUGAGUUCCACAGAGGUGGUGGCGCCUCGCUCUUCAAGCAGGACAUGUAA